GUGCCGAUAGGCAAACUUGCAUUUAUGCCCGGAAAGCUUGUUCACACGAACGAAAUCUUGGCAAUGCUCGGCGAUAAUUGGUUUGCUGAACGUUCGACUAAACAAGCUGUUGACAUAGUUGAUAGAAGAUUGGAAAUGGUGAGGAAAACCAUAAAUGAUCUGGAAACUCAACUUGAAAACCAAAAAACGAAGAUCGGUUUAACGUCGGAUGCAUUAAGAUUUGCAAACAUAGAAAAAGAG